AGAGAUAAAGUAGAGGGAGAGAGGAGAGGGGUGGAUGGGGGAGGGAAGAAAGACGUCGUGAGUGAAAGCAUGAUGAUACAUAUCCAUCUCCCACAGUGGCGCAAAACCUUCAUAAAACAUGAGGCGUGGGAGUGUGUGUCUGUGUAUGUGUGUGUGUGGUGAGGGGGGUGGCACUGGUGUAUGACCAAUGUCUGUGUGUGUGUGUGACAGCCACUAGGCUACUGUGGUUUGGUGAGCGUGAUGCUUUUGUUCUGUGUGGGUGUGUGUGUGUUUUUUUCCCAUCUUUUUAUGAAUGGAGUCCUGCAGCUGGGCGGAGCCUGUAACCGUGGAGCUAUGAGGUGAUGUCAUCAUCGGUGCAUGAAUGAGCUUCGGCACCAGCCCUCACAGAUGUGGGAAAAACCUUCAGAAUGGAGAUUACCCAACCCACACACACACACAUGUACACACACACACACACCAAUCAAUCAUCAGACCCCCACGCUCAGCCCACUCAAUAACGCACAGAUAUGUGAGAGUGCGCACGCACACACACACACACAUCUCUUUAUUUCCCAGCUCUCCUCACACCCACCUGCCCUCCUAUCAGAUCUGCUGUGCUGGAGGGAGUGAGAUGGGCGCUUGCUGACGCCAUUACUCCCUCCCCCUCUACCUCUCUCUCUCCCUCCCUCUCUCUCGCUCUCUCCCUUCUUCUCUCUACCUCUCUCUCUCUCUCUCUCUCUCCCUCCCCCCUUUCACUUGCUUGGCGUCACUACAAGAACAGCAUGAAUUAUCCAUGUGGGAGAUUGAACUGCUGCUGCUGCUGCUGCAGAGGCUCCCCGGCUCGCUAGAAACACGCGCACCCUCGCACACGCACGCCGACACACGCCGAAACACACGCGCAGGCACGCCUGCAGAUAGAGGUGCGCGUGUGUGUGUGUGUGUGUGUUCACGGAGGAUAACGGAUAACGCAGCAACGGCAGAUAAAGAGGAGAGACAGGAUUUUCAUUUUCCCAUCUCCCAUCCGACAUCAUUCCAGAGGAAUUGGACAGCAGCUCUCUUUUUCACCUCCUCUCUAUCCAUCUAUCCCCCCUUCCUCUCUCUCUCUCUCUGUCUUUCUCUAUCUCUCUCUGUCUCUGGCGCACCCGCGCUGAAGAGCCGGCAUGUUCUGCUUCUGUCUGCAGAGUCCCCUGCUGAAGCUCCAGGCGCUGGAUGGGGACGGCUGCCCCUCGCCGGGGGACUCCCCCGAGGACGAGGCACCCUGCCUGGGCACGAAGGAGGGGCCGCCAGACCAGGGCCCCUCCUGCUGGAGCCUCGGAGGCGAGAGGGACAGGGCGAGGGAGAACAGCCCCCCAGAGCCCCAGCCCUUGUUCAGAGGCCCACAGGCAGAGGGAUGUUCUUUCGACCAGCAGAUGAGUCCUGGACCCAGUCGCAUCCUCCAUCACAUCACCGACGGCAACAGCCCUCUCCCAUCGCCACGGUGCCCAAGCCUUAGCCAGAGUCAGCGCUUCAACACAGACCCAGAGAUGGCCCCGUCUCCACCCUGCUCCCAGCAUCUAAUCAUGGCCAGGGGUAUCGCCAGGACAGACGCGGAGGAGGUGGCAAAGGACACACCCUCCAUCCCUCUGCUCACCAAACACAUCCAGGCCCUUAAGAGGAAGAUCCGCAAGUUCGAGGAGCGCUUUGAGCAGGAGAUGAACUACAAGCCCUCACACAACGACAAGUCAGCCAAUCCUGAGAUCCUGCGUCUGAUGGGUGAACUGGCCAAAACACGCAAGCAGCUGAAAGAGCUGCGGUUGAAGCAGUCGGUGGAAGAUCUGGCCGACCCGGAGAGCGGCAGGGGGGAAGACAGCAGCAGCAGUGGCAGGUCCACUCAUCACCACGAGGGGGCGCUGCAGACUCAGCAGCAGCCACAUCAGCAACAGCAGAGGCCGGCUCUGGAGGAGACGGUGGACUCGCUGCUGAAGCGACUCAAGGAGAAGCGCCAAGCCCUCGGCCUCCCGGAGAACAUGUUGGAUAUGACACACGGGCAGAUGGCCCUGGAGAAGAUGACCCUGCAGAAGUGCUUGCUGUACUUCGAGAGCCUGCACGGCCGCCCCGGUACGAAGCAAGAUAAAAACCUGGUCAAGCCGUUGUACGACCGCUACCAGAUGGUGAAGCGCCUCCUGUGUGCAUCCUCGCCCAUCACCACCAUAGAGGAGGAGGAGGGCUCUGAUGAAGACUGCGUGACGGAGCUGCCGACGGAGCCGUAUGGGCCAGAGGGGCCUGUGCACACUGAAGAAGAGGGCGACAGCGACCCGGCCUUCGUCUCUCCGAUGGACGAGGUCAAAGCCGUUCGGCAUACGCCCCGGGCGCCUGUAACCAUGGCGAACCUGCACGAGGCCUCCAGGUCGGAACUUCUUGCAUGCAUGAGGGAAACACGAGUAGAGAAGAGGAGGCAGAGGAAGGCCCUUCGUGAGUUUGAGGACAACUUCAGUCGCCAGAUGGGAAGGUAGGGACUCACACACACACACACACACACACGCACAUACACACACAACCCAUGCACCACAGAUAUGGAUGGACAAGCAGCCAGUUUGGGUUUAAACACAUCUUUUAAUGAGCAGUAUAUGUUAACUUUUGGCUUUUCCAAACAAACAAUCAAACGAACAUGAACAGGAAGAAAGCGAGAAUAAAAGUCAAGACACAGGUCCACCAAAAAACGAAACCAAACCAAA